UCUGCUCAGAGGAAACUCCCAGCACAUCCUCCUAGCAGCAGGUGACAGGCUGUUCCUGAUCGGUCAGUGUGUCUGCAAGCCUGAACAUGGACGCUGUGCUCUGUCUGCUCCUGCUCUUCCCAGCUUUGACAGCAACAGCCAUUCAUGAGGCUUCGUUGUUCUGCGGCUGCUACCAGUCGGGUGUCGCCCAAGUUCAUUUCCAAUGGGACAGAGACGAGGUGGGGCGCAUCGACUUUGAGAAAAAAGGGGUUGUUUGGACGGCACCCAUGCCGGCCGUGAUGGAAGACUUGUGGUCUUACUGGUACGAUGAAGGCAGAUAUGUAAGGAAUAGCGUGUGUAAGUUAUACCUGCCCAUAGCUGUGAUGGAGGACCACAGGCCCACUGAUGCCAAAGCCCCAGUGACAGUCAUCUACCCCCGUCAUGAGGCGAAGCUUGGGGUGGCAAACACCCUGUUCUGCUACGUCAGCCACUUCUACCCCCCCGCCAUCAACAUCACAUGGACCAGGGACGGCGUUAAGCUGAUAGAGGGCGUGGCUCUCAGCGACCUCUCCCCCGAGGAGGACGGGACAUUCAGUCAGCUGGCCAGCCUGUCAUUCAGCCCGGAAACCGGCGCUGUGCUGGGCUGCACGGUGGAGCACCAAAACCUGAGCAGCCCCGCCUUCAGGACGUGGGUGUUCAAAGCCCGUCCAGUCGGUUCUGCUGCGGUGGUGCUGUGUGGCGUCGGCGUGACUCUGGGAAUCAUCUGCCUGACCGUUGGAGUCGUCCUCUUCCUCAAAGCCCCAAAACCGACCUCUGACCUCCGGUCGGCGGCUUACCGAAGACAUGGCUCCCAGCCAAAUACUAUGUGAACCCAACGGCCAGCCAUUGUUAUGCAAAUCGAUGAUGUCACGGGCGUUAAAAACACUUUCUCCCCAGAGAACAUGAAAAAAGUCACGGCGCUAAAACUGUGAACAAAUUUUCUGAGCAGGGGUGGUAGUUAAGGUGCUGAGUAGAAGGAAGAAUGUGCAUACAGAAGAGUUAUUUCCUCCAGGUGGAGUUAAAAAGCCGCAUGGCGUGGGGGAGGAAUGAUUUCCUCAGUCUGUCGGUGGAGCAGGACAAUGACAGUGACAGCAGCCUGACAGUGACAUUAGUACCACUGUAAGAUUUAACUUGUAAAUUUAUGAGAAAAAAACAGUGAAAACUAGGUUUUCUCCUCCUGUGGGUUUCAGCCAGAAGGAAAUCCUGGUGGUUUGAGCCCAGAAAGACAAUAUUCUCACCAGCAUCAGUUUUUUCUCAGAAAUUUACAACUUAAAUCUCAGAUUUUUUUAGUUUUUUGUUUCAAAGUUUUUUUCUUGUAAGUUGUGUCAUGGAUUUGUUUUUUUUAGUUUGAAUAUAAACCCCAGUAAACGCUAUUUGUUGUGAAGAGCAGGCACAGAGGAGGAGCUGAGAAUAGGAGGAUCAGGAAGUAGGAGGAGUUUGAGGCAUCAGAGAUUAUAAAUUGGACUGAACACAGGUGUGGGCCCUCUUAACACUUCCUUGCAGCUGAUCCCUGCAUUCCACUGGCAGCAAUUGUUUGUCUGCGUGACAUUUUGAGUUCCUUUGUUAGGUCCUUUGUUAGUAUAUCCAUGCUUAAAGUGAUUUAAAUAGCUGGAAUGUUUAUGUUGCAUUACAAUGAUUAGAUGUAUGCAUUGUAUUGUUUAAUUCAGGUAAUGGAUAUUGAUAUUUAUGUUGGAUGUAGUUUCAUGUAUGCUUAUACAUGUCAUGUUAUAGAAAUUAUGUUUUGUUUUGUUAGGUUUUGUUCUUGUGUCUUGU